GAGUGCCUGGUGAGGGAGGCAGGCGGUCCCUACCGCAGGCUCUUGGAGCUCCUUUCCGCUCCCUCCGCCUGUUUCCUAGCCUGGGCUCUUUGGAGUGGCUGAAGCUGUUGAUCGCUUCUGGAGCCUGUGAAUGAACCCUCCUCCUCUCCCUCCUCCUUCUUGCUGAGUCUCCUCCUCGGCUCUGACGGUACAGUGAUAUAAUGACGAUGGGUGUCACAACCCGCAUUUGAACUUGCAGGCGAGCUGCCUCGAGCCUUUCUGGUGGAAGAACUGAAGGCGCGCGGUUGCAGCCACCGCGAGCACUAGGUGCUGUGGACCCGCGCUGGGACCGGCAUCUGCAGCAAGCAGCGCAUCCUCUCUUACCUCCAGCUCCGUCCUGUACUCGCCCCAUCCUUCCCCGGGUCACCGCACUUCCUAUGUGAUCUGCCGGGGCAACGCGGAGCCCAAUCUCACAGCUCAGCAGUGAAUUUUUCCCCAAACUGUAGUAAGGCGCCUUUCAAGAACAAGAUGUUGAUAAAUAUGAAAAGUGUCCUAUGGAUGUGGUCAACCUUAUUAAUAACCCACGCACUAAAUAAAGCAAACAUGGAAAGAAGCCCCCCUGUCAAAGGCUCUCUGUCUGGAAAAGUGAGCCUACCUUGUCAUUUUUCCACCAUGCCUACCUUACCACCCAAUCACAACACGAGUGAAUUUCUCAGAAUCAAAUGGUCUAAAAUGGAAGUGGACAAAAAUGGAAAAGACAUAAAGGAGACUACUGUCCUGGUGGCCCAAAAUGGAAAUAUCAAGAUUGGUCAGGACUACAAAGGGCGUGUGUCAGUGCCUACACAUCCCGAGGAUGUGGGAGAUGCCUCUCUCACCAUGGUCAAACUCCGUGCUAGUGACGCAGGCAUUUACCGCUGUGAUGUCAUGUAUGGGAUUGAAGACACUCAGGACACCAUGUCACUGCAUGUGGAUGGAGUUGUGUUUCACUACAGGGCAGCAACCAGCAGAUACACACUGAACUUUGCGGCUGCCCAGCAGGCCUGUGUGGACAUUGGGGCUGUCAUCGCAACCCCAGAGCAGCUGUUUGCUGCCUAUGAAGAUGGAUUUGAGCAGUGUGACGCAGGCUGGCUGUCGGAUCAAACUGUCAGAUAUCCCAUACGGGCUCCAAGAGAAGGCUGUUAUGGAGACAUGAUGGGGAAGGAAGGGGUUCGGACCUAUGGAUUCCGCUCUCCCCAGGAAACCUAUGAUGUGUACUGCUAUGUGGAUCAUCUGGAUGGCGAUGUGUUUCACAUCACUGCUCCCCAUAAGUUCACCUUUGAGGAGGCCGAAGCAGAGUGUGAAAACCAAGACGCCAGGCUGGCGACCGUUGGAGAGCUUCAAGCAGCUUGGAGGAACGGCUUUGACCAAUGCGAUUACGGGUGGCUGUCGGAUGCCAGCGUGCGGCACCCCGUGACUGUGGCCAGGGCCCAGUGUGGAGGUGGUCUACUUGGGGUGAGAACCCUGUAUCGUUUUGAGAACCAGACAUGCUUCCCUCUCCCUGAUAGCAGAUUUGAUGCCUACUGCUUUAAACCUAAACAGAAUGUAUCAGAGGCAACCACCAUCGAAAUGAAUAUCCUCGCAGAAACUGCAUCACCCAGUUUAUCCAAAGACCCACACAUGGUACCCGACAGAGCUACACCAGUCAUUCCGUUAGUCACCGAAUUACCUAUUAUUACCACACACUUCCCUCCUGCAGGAAAUAUAGUCAAUUCUGAACCCAAAUCUGUAGUCCACUCUCAGGCUAUCACAGACAGAUUAACUACAGAAUUACCCACAGCUGCUGGGAGCACCAACAACACUCAGGAUGUGGAUGGCUACUUACUUUCUGGGUCAGGACCACUUGGAAAGCCAGACAUAUCUGAAAUUAAGGAGGAUGGACUCCAAAGUACAACUGUCAUCUCCCAACAUACUACUGGCUCACAGGAUGGAACUACAGAAGAUAUGCAAACACAUGAAUCAGUCAUGCAGAUUGAACAAAUAGAAGUGGGCCCCUUAGUAACUUCUAUGGAAAUCACAAAGCACAUCUCUUCAAAGGAGUUACAAGCAACUGAAACGCCAUUUGAAUCCACAGAAGUGACCAUGAGUCACAAAACUGAAAUGCCAACAGUAAGCACCAGUUCUGAAUUGGCAACCACAAUCCACCACAGGGUCACCUUGAGAGAAGAUGAUAGUGAAGACAGGCCACUGACAGGUAGAUCUGAUCAGAGUACUCGGGUCUUUAGCCAAAUACCUGAAGUCAUCACAGUAUCGAAAACAUCGGAAGACACAACCUACUCCCAGCUAGGGGAAUUAGAGUCCUUUUCAACACCAACAACUGUUUCACCUAUAACUCUGCUUGACAUAAAUGGAUCAUUCAUAGAGAAAGAGAAGGCACACAAAAAUAAUGGUGAGAUGACCGAAGAUGAUUUUGGUCAAUCAGAGCCUACACCCCCCUUCUCGUCACAGCAUCUUACAGAAAUAGAAUUGUUUCCAUAUUCUGGUGACACAACAUCUGUAGAGAGAGUAUCCACAGUUAUUUAUCCACCCUUACUAACAGAAGUGACGCAAGGAAGAGAAAGAACAGAAACACCAAGACCAGAGUUGAAAAAAGAUACUGACUCAGUUCCAGAAAAGGUCACCAAGGAUCCCUUUAUAGGAACAACAGAAGAAGGCUUCUCUGGAAUCAAGCUCUCUGCAUCUUCCUCAGAGCAAAUCCACUUUACAGUGUCUUCAGGGGAAAUGAGCGAAUCUGUUUCCCCAGCAUUGACAACUGGGAAGCUAAGUGUGGAGCCAACAGAAGCAGGAUACGUAGAAGAAAUGACAACUCUGACUAGAUUAGAAACAGAUGAUGUCACACAGUUCCACAAAGAUGUUACCACUGCCUAUGUGACCCACAGUACUUUAAAUACGGAAGUGGUCACAGUAUCAAAAUGGUCAUGGGAUGAAGAUAACGUGACCUCAAAGCCUUUAGCGUCAACAGAAGUUGAAGGCUCUACAGUAUUGCCUCCUGUCUCACUUAGCACUAUAGGAACAAAUGGAAAGGAUAAAGAAACCCCAAGUCUUAAGGAUGUAGGAGAGGAAUAUACUCUUUUCCCCGACGGUACCCAAAAACCAUUAGAAAAGGUUUCUGAGGAAGAUUUAACAUCUGAAGAGUUUACAGUUACACUUCAGCCAACUUCAUCAAUUGGAGGUGCAGAACAGUCAACUUUGAGAGCUUCUACAACUAGAUAUGGGGUUCUGCCCGCCGCAAGCACAGAAGACCAAGUCAUUAACAUGACCGUGGAAGGAAGUGCUUUAGCUGAAGACGCCUCCAAACCACUAUUUACUACCCUCCCAUUUGCUCACACCUCUGAGGUGGAAGAAUUGGCAUUUGUUAAUUAUAGUAGCACCCAGAAGCCCACUGCUUAUGUAGACACAUCCCAUACUAGUCCUCUUUCUGUAAUUCCAAAGACAGAAUGGAGUGUGCCCGAGCCCUCUGCUACACUGGAAGAUGAAGUUCUAGGCAAAUCUGAUCAAGAUAUCAUUGAACAGAUUCAUCUAGAAGCAACUAUGUCCCCGGAAGCUUUGGGAACAACAGAAAUCAUACAGGGAGAAACCCGGGAAGAACCACAAAGACCAGCGAGUUCAUUUCCUGCCCUCAGUUCUAUCACAGUUAUGACAAAGGAGACAACAGCAUUUGAAGAAGAGGGGGAGGAGUCAGCACACACAGUCUCAGAAGACAGAUUUGUUACAGGUUUUGAAAGAGUCCCCAUUUUAGAAACAACUCCAGUUGGCACAAUUGAGCAUGGUGCGUCGUUUUCCCCUGGUGCGAUAACGCAGCAUGAAGUGGAAGUGGGUACAGUGGUAACACUGAUACCAACCAUUAGGCCAAAAGUGGUUUCAAGUACAGAGCCAGAGUUAAGUUAUGAAGUAGAAGGUAGUAGCCCAACAGAAUUUGCAUCAACUUCGAGGCCCAUUGGGACGCGUGUCACAGAGCUUUUGGAGGAAACUACUGAGGAAGGAAAAAAGACAUCCCCAGAUGAUACAGAUCUAGGCUCAGGAUUAUUUGAAAAACCCAGAGCCACUGAACUCCCAGAAUUUCCAAUAGCUACAAGUGUUAUCAGUGUCCUUACGUCCAUAGACAGCCUUUACAGAACUCCACCAUUCCGGCCAUCUUCCACGUUCACUGAAGAACCAUAUGUCUUUGAGAAGGAGCCCAGGGAGAAAACAACAGGUGACAUUAUCCUUACUAGAGAAUCUACAACACGACACCCUCCCACCACUCUCACUGAUAUCCUAGCUAAGAAAACAGAGCCGGAUAUCGAUCAAGAGUACCAUGUGACCUCAAGGCCUCCUGUAACACAACCAACAAGACCACCCACUUUGGAAAGGAAAACAACCUUUGAACCUGAGGCAUUGUCCACUUCACCACCCCUAGCAGGGACAAAAUUUCACCCUGACAUAAAUGUGUAUGUUAUAGAGGUCAGAGAAAACAAGACAGGUCGAAUGAGGGAUAUGGUUGUAAGUGGUCAUCCAAUAGAUUCAGACUCUAAAGAAGAUGAACCUUGCAGUGAAGAAACAGAUCCACUGCAUGAUCUGUUUGCUGAAAUCUUACCAGAAUUACCAGAUUCCUUUGAAAUAGACAUAUAUCACAGUGAGGAAGAUGAAGAUGGAGAUGAGGACUGUGCAAAUGCAAUGGAGGUAACAACCACCCCAUCAGUGCGGUACAUCAAUGGGAAACAGCUUGUCACCACGGUGCCCAAAGACCCGGAAGCUGCAGAAGCUAGGCGUGGCCAGUAUGAAAGUGUUGCACCGUCUCAUAAUUUCUCAGAAAGUUCUGCAAGUGACACCCAUCAGUUUAUCAUAGCAGAAUCAGAACUGUCAAAUGCCAUGCAAUUUAACAAGUCUAAAGGCGCCACUGAGUUGUUAGAAAUCACGUGGAAACCCGAGACUUACCCUGAGACACCAGAACACUUUUCAAGUGGUGAAGCUGAUAUUUUUCCUACAGUCUCAGCCCAUGCUGGGGAAACCACCAAAUGGGCAAAAUCCAUCACAGAGAGCAGUCCAAACCUUCAAAAUCCAGAGCACAAACAGCCUAAGCCAAUACUUCUGUUUCCUGAAGAGUCUUCAGGAGAGGGUGCCAUUGACCCAGCGUCCCAGAAAACAGUCUUCUUUAGUGCUACAGAAGUAACAUUUGGUACAGAGACAGACCAAAGUCCUACCAUAUCUACCUCUAAUAUACUUUCAAGUUCUGUGCCAGUAAAUGUCUUGGAGGAAGAGCCAGUGACCCUAACAGGAAUGCUUCAGUCUGAUGACUCCUUGUCUACUGUGGAAAGUCAGGUAGAGAUAACAACUAGACAAUCUGUAGAGUUCUUGGCGAGUUCCUCUGCUCCUAUUAUUGAAGGGUCUGGGGAAAUGGAAGAAUAUAAAAAAGAAAUCUUCACCAUGGUAACUGAUUCACCACAGAGAGAUCCUACACAUACACUCAUCCCUUUGGAUAUGAGCAAGAUGAGGAUCCCAGGCAGCCAUUUUGAUAGUCCUGCAACUACCAUUCCUUUGGGUUCACAACUACCUUCUGCAGAUGCAAGGCCCACACAAUUUGGAAUUCAAACAGAGCAGGUUCCCAGCAUGUCUUUUGAAGGAAAGAAAAGGGAAGAAGGCAAAGAAGGGACAACAGAUGCAGCCCAUGGAGUGGAAGUCCAAUCAGCAGUGCAGUUACCCCAAGAAUUAGAAAACUCAAGUGUAGCUCCAUUUAGUGAUUCAGACACCUGGGAAGGCUUGAUGCCAGAGACAACACCCAUGCAGUCUGAAAAGGAAAUGGCAAACUCUACUCUUUCUUUUAGAGAAACAAAUCAUGCUGUCAAUUUGCAGGCACAGCCCUUUGAGCAUAGCAGUAGCAGUCAGCCCAGGGUCCAGCAAGUGCCGACCACUCUCUCGGGUUGGCCCCGCUCUCUUUUUAUGGAUCCUGGCUCAGGAGAUGUUGGUGCUGAUAUGGAAUCCAUGACUGCUCCUUCAUUUUCAUUAGAUUUAGAGUCUGAGACCAAAGUGAAAAAAGAAUUACCUAGUACUCUGUCUCCCCGUGUGGCAACUUUAUUCCCCUCUGAGGCAACAGGAUUAGCUCUGAGUACUGUAUUGGCCAUAGAAGUUGCUGAAGUGAUGCACCAGACAUCCAAGGAAACACUGGUUUCAGAAAUAUCAGGAAAGCCAACACCCCAGCCAGAAGUAAGGGAUUUAUAUACAGAUUUUCCUUUGGGAGAAGAUUUUAGUGGGGACUUUAGUGAAUAUUCAACAGUGUCUUAUCCAAUAACAAAAGAGGAAAGAGUGGGCAUGAGAGGCUCUGAGACUGAGCAAGUUAGGGAGAUGCAGACUUCAUCAUCUAUACCACCUACCUCAGAAGCCAUCAACCUAGGGCCUGAUUCAAAAGGACUCAGCAGUACCAUAGCCAGCACCCCAGCCUUCCCUUGGGAAGAGUUCCUGGCUUCAGGUGAGGGCUCAGGUGAACAGCUGGCCUCAGUCAAGAGUUCUGUUGGCCCAGUGUUUCCCCUUGCUGUGGACAUUUUCUCUGGCACAGAGUCUCCAUAUUUUGAUGAAGGGUUUCAAGAAGUGGGUGCUAUCACAGAAGCAGAUACAAGAUCCAUUACUUUGACAACAGCAGAAACUGGAAAUACUCUUGAUGCGACAGAAAAUAGGGACAUAAAGGUAGAUAGCACAAUUUCAGUGGACUAUCCCCAAACAAUGGAACCAGCCAAAUUAUGGUCUAAAGAGGAAGUCAGUCCUGUACAACAAGAGAUUGAAAGUGAAUCAGUGUCUCAGGAAAAAGCCGAAGAACGAAAGACUUUUGAAUCUCCCCAAGGCUCUGUCGCGCCAGAACAAACAAAUUUGGAAUCCCAAACACUUACUGAAGCUGAAUUCCAAACUCCAGGUACCUUCAUGUUAACAACAAAGAAAAUGCACUACACUACUAAGGAAACGGAGGAGGAAGGCAUGUCCAUAGCUCAUAUGUCUACUCCAGGUCCAGGGAUAGAAGGCUUAGAAUCAUACACUACUCAGCCUGAAGCUACUGGAAAGUCACACUCUUCCUUAGAUACUGCUUUAGUGACGGAAUCUGUAUCAGCUACAAGUGUAGGCAUGGCUUCCUCAGCUCAAGAGGAAGAACAUACAAAGCUUUUCCAAGAGGGUGUGAAACGACCAAUUAAGGAGCCAAAUGCUGAUCUCUCAUUCUCAGGACUGGGAUCAGGAGAGGCCUUGCCGCCUCUACCUACAAUAUCAGUGAGGUUGACUGAAAUGGAGCAGAUCAUUAGCACCUUGUACCCUGAGACACCUCACAUGGAGAGUUCUGGACCGAGCAUUUUAAUUGAUAAAGUGGAAGACCGUGAGAUAAUGGAAAAGGUGUCAAGUAAAAUUACAGCACUCGCUUCUAAAACAGGCACCAUCCCUCAAGAUGGGAAGCAAGCACCCAACACAACUUUGAAUGAAACUGGAACUGAAGAACCCACAACUUCACCUCUCUCUUUCACCAAGCACUUGGACACGGAGCGUUCUCCAAGUGAGACCCUCAGGUGGGAAGAGGAAAUCCGGAUCCCUGGACCACAAACCAUGACUGAACAGAUCUCUGAGGAGAAUUCCUCAGCAUCAGAAACUGAAGCAGCAGCAACCUCCCCCACUGUUUUUCGGACUCGAACUUACAGUACUGAAAUGACCAAAGCCUUUGAUACACCAGCAUCAAAGCAAUCCGACUUAUUUUAUGUAAACUCUGGAGAAGGGUCUGGAGAAAUGGAUGCUCUUGAGUUAGUAUACACUUCUGGAACUACUCAGGCAGCCAGUCAAGGAGACAGCACAUUUGUUUCUGAUGGAUUCCUGGAAAAGCAUCCAGAGGGGUCAAGGACUGAGGCUGGAGCGACUGGCGAAUCUCCAACAGUUUCAUCAGUGCUCCUGCAUCACUCAGAGUUCAGGGAAAGUUCCCUGUAUUCUACAGGCACAUGGCCAACCACCACGGUGCCACACGAGAAUCCCACAGAAGGCACUGCAGGUGGUUUACAAGACCACAUCAGAUUUGAAAGUUCUACCUUGCAACCGACCAGAAGAAAACCCACUGAAAACAUUAUAAUAGAUCUAGACAAAGAGGAUGGUAAGGAUUUAGGGUUGACAAUUACUGAGAGUGCUAUCAUUGAAAUUCUACCCGAGUUAACAUCAGAUAAAAAUAUUAUUAUAGACAUUGAUCACACUAAACCUGUAUAUGAGUACAUCCCUGGAAUACAAACAGACCUAGACCCAGACAUACCAUUGGGAUCACAUGGUAGUAAUGAAGAGAGCCUUCAAGGUCAAGAGAAGGACGAGGUAGCAGCUACCCUUUCUCCAACUGGGGAAGUGUUUGAGGGCUCUGGUGAUGUGCUUCUUGCUGGUUACACUCAAGCCGUGUACAAUGAGUCUGUGACUUCUAAGGAUGGAAAACAGGCAGAACUAACAAGCGUUAACAUUGCAACCAGAAUCCCAGUUACUACCAUAGAAACAGAAUUAGAAACCCUUUUCCCCACAGUGUCAACUCUGCACAUUCCUAGUAAGCUAACCACAGUUAGUCCAGAGGUUGACAAACCCAGAAUUGAAGCAAUUUCCCUGGACGAUAUAUUUGAAUCAAGCACCUUGUCUGAUGGCCAAGCUAUAGCAGACCAGAGUGAGGUAAUAUCAACACUGGGACAUUUGGAAAGGACACAGGAAGAAUAUGAAGAGAAGAAAUAUAGAGGUCCUUCUUUUCAGCCAGAAUUCUUUUCAGGAGCAGGGGAGGCAUUGACAGAUACCCCUGCUUAUGUAAGUAUUGGUAGUACACACUUUGUGGCUCAGCAUUUAACAGAAUCCCCAGUUGUAAUAGGAGGAUCUGCCUCCACACAUUAUACUGAAACGACGUCUGCAGUUUCCUCCCUGGCAGAGCUGUCCCGUCAGACACCACCUUCUCCCUUCCCUGUCUACAUAGACAGUGGGGUUUCCAAAUACCCAGAGGUUCCCCACACGAAUGCUCAGCUAGGUCCUAGCACUGCCUCAUCUCCAGAAGGUUCUUUUAAGGAAGUCCGUUCUCAUAUUGAAGCCACCGUCAAGCCAUCUGGUGAAGAUGUCCACCGAAGCGAGCCUCUGUUCUUGUCUCCUGGCCCCGCCUUAGACAUUUCAGAAGAUGAAAGUGAGCCCCAGUUACUAGAAGAACUGGAAUCUUCUCCCACGCCACUAAUUGUUGAAGAAGAAAGUGAGACUUCCCAAGAUUUUCUGACCAAAGGCAAAGAUCAGACCCCAGGAGAAACAGCUGGAAUGCUUGGCAGUGUUAGAACAACAGAGAGUGGACUUGUCCUUACAGCUGCGGAUGACACGGAGCUAGUAGGUAUCACACAGCGGCCUCAUUCUACUUCUGCGGCUUUGCGGGCUGAGACAGGUGUGCUCCCUCAGCCCAUCCCACAGAAACCUGAGAGGCCCACCCCGCCUUCCUUGGAAAUUAGCCACGAAGCAUACACAUCUUUAAUUGGAGAAGAACCCAUAGUCACGACAUCUGAAAAACAAGUGUCGAAAAGAAUUCUUGAUUACAGCAGCCAGGCAUUAGUCAGCACUCUGGAUCUAAAUUCUGCACCUUCAAGACCACCACUCUCCAUUCUGGACAAUUCUAAUGAAACUGCUUUCCUGAUUGGCAUUAAUGAAGGGUCCGUGGAAGGCACAGCAGUAUAUCUACCAGGAUCUGAUCGCUGCAAAACAAACCCAUGCCUCAACGGAGGCACCUGUUAUCCAACGGAGACUUCCUAUGUGUGCACCUGCGUACCUGGAUUCAGCGGGGAUCAGUGUGAACUGGAUUUUGACGAAUGUCACUCUAACCCUUGUCGGAAUGGAGCCACCUGUGUGGAUGGCUUUAAUACGUUUAGGUGCCUCUGCCUUCCGAGUUACAUUGGUGCUCUCUGUGAACAAGACACCGAGACGUGUGAUUACGGCUGGCACAAAUUCCAAGGGCAAUGCUACAAAUACUUUGCUCAUCGCCGCACAUGGGAUGCUGCUGAAAGGGAGUGCCGCCUGCAGGGUGCCCACCUCACAAGCAUCCUGUCUCACGAGGAGCAAAUGUUUGUGAAUCGUGUGGGCCAUGAUUACCAGUGGAUAGGCCUCAAUGACAAAAUGUUUGAACACGACUUCCGUUGGACUGACGGCAGCGCUCUGCAAUAUGAGAACUGGAGACCCAACCAGCCCGACAGCUUCUUUUCUGCUGGAGAAGACUGCGUUGUGAUCAUCUGGCAUGAGAAUGGCCAGUGGAAUGACGUUCCCUGCAACUAUCAUCUCACCUACACCUGCAAGAAGGGAACAGUUGCUUGCGGCCAGCCCCCUGUUGUAGAAAAUGCCAAGACCUUUGGAAAGAUGAAACCUCGUUACGAAAUCAACUCCUUGAUUAGAUAUCACUGCAAAGAUGGUUUCAUUCAACGCCACCUUCCAACUAUCCGGUGCCUAGGAAGUGGGAGAUGGGCCAUGCCUAAAAUAACCUGCGUGAACCCGUCUGCAUACCAAAGGACUUAUUCUAAGAAAUAUUUUAAAAACUCCUCAUCAGCAAAGGACAAUUCCAUAAAUACAUCAAAACAUGAGCAUCGCUGGAGCCGGAGGUGGCAGGAAUCGAGGCGCUGAUCCUUAAAAUGGCGAACAUGUGUUCAUCAUUUCAGCCAAAGCCCUGACUUUCCGUGCCUUUCCUAUCACCUCAAGAAGAACUCGCAGUUGGCUUGGAUUUUGGGACUGCCGUCUGGUCAUUUGGGGUUGCUGUGCUCUUAAAAUAUUUUCAGUGAAACAUGGAAUUUUUGAAGUGAAUAAAAUGAAAGAAAAUGAGCGAAGAAGAUAACCAUUUCCGGCCUAUCUAAUUUCUUUUCUUCUCUCUCUGCCUCCAGUGCAGACCAUGUAUGCCAGCCUACUGUACUAUUUAAAAAAACACACUUUCAGCUCCAAUGGCCAUGUAAAUAAGAUGAUUUAAUGUUGAUUUUAACCCUGUAUAUAGAGUAAAACAUCACACUGAGUUGAGGCAUAUUUAAUGAUGAUUAUGGCGAUUUCGAGGUCUUUCAUCAUUGGUUUGGCUGCUUUGCUAUAGUUUGUUUAGGCUGGAAAAAGUUAUGUCUGCCCAUCGACUGCCAGCACGUUUGAGGACGGCUUUCUUGGACAACCAGCAAACGG